AUGUCCUUUUAUCGCCGAUGGCAUCAACCUCGAUACGGAAACGAAACACUUAAAAGCAGCACAUAUAUCAAGACUCUUGUAAAGAUAUUCUUACUAUUGUACUCCAGAGGAAUAACUUAUCGGAAACUAAUAGCAGUUGGAAUAGGGAUGGGACUUCUCGAGUAUUUUAAAGGUAAAUCAGAGGAUCCUGUAAGCGCAUCAGACGUGCAAGAGAUAUCAGAAAUGAUCCAGGUGUGUGAUGAGGAAAGUUGUGAUGGGGGAUGUGAAAAUGAUGAUGGUGAGAUUGAAGAAGGUGAAGUUGCAUUCUCCAAAUUGAAGAUCGAUCACGAAACUCCGCUUUAUAAUUCAUCGAAACCACCUAAAUUGCACUUUGUAGUCCCAACUUCACAAAAGGAUUGGGCUCAUGAUGCAUGUUCUGAGAAUAGUGCAAGCGUUGAAUACCAGAUUCACAAAUGGUGUGAGUCACACGAAUCUGAUUUCGACAAAGUAGGUCAAGGGGUGAAAUUCAAUUGUGCUGUUUCAUCGUUACCUAAGGAUAUUAUGGAUAUUCAAGUUAUGAAAAGGACAAAGAAUAACGUACUGGUAUUACCACAUUUUGUUUGGAUAGAUGGGUUAACAAGUGAUAAGGUUGAUGAAACUUUGGACAGAUUGGUACCAGAACUGUUAACGAAGAGUGUUGAAGAAUUGCCAUUAGAGGCAAUGGGGUUAAGACUAGCCAAAGAACAAGCAUAUGUGUUCAUAUGUUCACACAUGAAGAGGGAUAAAAGAUGUGGUGUAAUGGCACCUUACCUGAAGAAAUCAAUUGAUAAACAACUACAAAAAUUGGGGCUCUAUAGAGAUAACUCUGAUUUUUCGCCAGAUGGAGUUAGAGUUGCAUUUGUUAACCAUGUUGGUGGGCACAAGUUUUCAGCUAAUAUGCAAAUUUAUUUGAAAAACCCAAAUACUCUAAUUUGGCUUGGUAGAGUUACGCCAAGAAAUGUGCCCUACGUUGUUAACGAACUAAUUGUACCUGAGAAACCACGUCUACCAUGGCCAGAGAAAGUUAGAUGUCUACAAAAAUACGAUUGUUGGUAA